ACACACAAUAGUGAAUCACUAAAAUAAAACAUUGUGUCAAAAUGAAGACUCGGUUCGUAUCAUUCUUCACUAUUGUAGCAGUGUUAGUCGUCACAGUUGUUGCCACAGAGGCAUUAACCUGUGAGCAAGAACAAUCCUUAGUGGCACCAUGCUUAGAGUUUGUGACAAAGAAAACUAUUGCCCCUUCACCUCUUUGUUGCCAAGGAUUGAACAAAAUCAUAACUUCGACACCUACAAAGGAAGAAAAACAAGCUGCAUGUAAGUGCCUUAAGGAAGCAGCCUCUCAUAUUCCUAACCUAGACAAAGACAGAGCCAAUAAUCUUCCCAAAGAUUGUAAACUCAAUGGCUUUGAUUGCGAUUUAGUUGUUUAAGGUAGAGGCUUGAGCAGAAAUUAAGGUGAUGGAAAUGGUGGAUUAUGCUUCAAAUUUGCUAUUUUUAUAAAAAAUAAGAUUGUUUGUUGAACUUCCGUGAACAAACAUUUAUGUUGGAAGUGAUGAUUAAUAAAUAUGGUUUAUAUAUG